GAGACUUUUCAUUUAGUUUUGUAAAUGAUAGAUUUUUGGACAAACUAUGUGAUGACAGUGUCUGAUUAAUUAGUGUGAACAUAUGUUCAUGUACAUAGAUGUUAUAAACGUUCUUUUCAGUUGAACUGAAAGAUUGUUUUGAAUUAAAGAGUCAAAUACUAAUGCUGUGAUAUGGGAGAGAAAAAGAAUCAAGAUUUAUCAUCAAAGUUACCAAGAAACAGUGUGCCAUUGAAAGACAUAUUCCAGAAAAAGAUUGAGAAUUCUUCAAAUUUCCUGUCUGAUGUUUGGAAACCACGUAACGAGGAAAAUAGGGGUCAUCAACAUCAAAUCACAGAAGAUAAUGAUGUGACAGAUCAGGAUAAUAUCAGAGACGAUGGAAAACAUCAGUCAAGGACAACAAAGAACUGUCUACAGGUGCAAGAGGUGUUUGAAAAUAAUUGUGAUGACAAAGAAGGGAGACAAAUACCUUGUUUCUGUGGUAGUGAAAACUGUCCUUUCGAGAUAAGAAAAAGGCAUAAAGAUGAAGACCCUCCUGAAAAAAGAAUGUUCAAUGACUUUGAAUUGAUGAAAUCAUAUAAAGCAACAGAUAGAACAUUUCCAUUUUCUUUACUUUCAUUAAUGUGGUUUCCAGGUGAAGGUGAUGAUAAACGACCAUUUCCAUUAUCAGAUAAGACUGAUGAUGACCCUUAUAAAGAGAGGAGUGAAGAUUUCGGGUCAUCUGCUACAAUGAGAAUUUUAAAUGAAGCUUUUCCUGGUUUGUUUGACAGGAAAGUGAAAUCAUUAGAAGAGAAUAAAAAUGAAAAUACAAAGAAAAGCACAGACUUUGAAUCAUCACAAAAAUCUUUAAGACCACCUCCAAAACCACCGAGAAAGAUUGAAAGAAGACUACAAUUUUCAAUUUCUAAUGAUGAUAAGGAGAAAACUGAAAAUGACGUGUCUUUGAAUACAUGUGAGAAGUCAGUGAUUGAUAAGGAAGAUCAUUUGAACACUGGUAAAUCUAAUGAUGUCCAUGAUUCAGUCAUUCCAGAUGAAAAUAAAUUGAGCGCUUCGAUUGAUAGUAGUCUUCAUAGUCUAUCAGAAAAUUCUAAACAGAAGAAGCCAGAUUUCAGUCAGUCAUUUCCAACCAGUGGAAAGAACAAGUCAAGUCUAGGAAAAGAUAGUAACCCAGUAUUUAGUCAGUCUUUCACUAGUGAUUUACGAACUGAAGGCGCAGCCUCAAAAAAGUCUGCAGAGGAUUUACAAUCUUCUGGAUCUGGCCUGCGAAAAUUAGGAAAAAACAGUUCUCAGGGUUUGAAAAUUGACCAAUUAGACUCUUUAGGCAUUGUGGAUGAUACCCCUCUCUACAAGAUCCAGCAGAGUAACUCCGUGAACAGCCAUGAAAUAGAUGACUUUGAUACUCCACUGGAUGAUAUAGUUGGUCCAGAGUGUGAUUCGAAGCUUGAGGAAUUUCCUGAUUUAUUAAGUCAUGAUAAACCAGAGGAAAGUGGUGCCUCUAGUGUUGAAGAAAGUAUUAAUUCACCACCUACAGCAAGUACAGACCCUGAGACAUUACUGGAAGGACACGCUUCACCACCUACAGCAAGUUCAGACCCGGAGACAUUACUGGAAGAACACAUGCAUUAUUGUCCUGCAGUAGCUCAUCAUCACAAUGGGCCCAAUUGUUUAUGUUGUAAAUGUAACCAGUUUACAAAGAAUCAGCAUAUGCUAUAUGAGUUGGGGUUAACCGAGGGGUUAGAAAUGCAUGAUGUCGUCCCUGAUGGAAAUUGUAUGUUCAGAGCUAUCAUUGACCAGCUGAGAAUGCAAGGGGAGCUAACUCUAACAUGUCAUCGUAUCAGACAAAUGGCAGUAGAUUAUCUGAAGAAUAAUCCUCUCCAGGAUGACGGUACUCAUUUGGAAGAUUUCUUUGUUGCUGAUGAUGAAUCCUGGGAGGAGUAUUUAAAGAGGAUCUCUAGGGAUGGUGAAUGGGGAGACCAGAUUAUACUAAGAGGGUUAGCAGAAGUUGUAAAUAGAGAGAUUUCUAUCAUAACUACAAUCGGUGAUUUACAUAAUCAGACAACCAUAACACCCCAAAGUGCAGACAAAGACGAGAAGAUCAAAAAAAUAUGUUUGGGACAUGUCAAUGAUCAACAUUACUACAGCUUAAGACCAAAAGGCUGGCAUGAAAAGUGGUAUAGAGGAGCAAGAAGAAAGCAAUUAUUGGAACAUCGUCACUUCUAUAGUACUGAUUUAGAAGAACAGAGUACUUCUUUGGAAGAAUUGUCGUCAGAAGAAGAGUUGACAUCGCCAUGCAGACCAAGUAAACUAAUAAAUUGCAGUUCUCAGCACAUUGAUGCAUACUGUCAUGCUCCAAUUUUUCAUAUGAAUUUUGUAAUAGAGAAUGUGCUACCAAAAAAUAACAUAUACACAACAUAUAGAUAUGGUGGUGGCCGAAGUCACAUAAUACCACUUUCAUGGCAAAAGGAAUGGGAAAUAGCUGGUAGUGUGGAAGAAGGACUUUCUGUUAAUAUAUAUACCUCUAGUAUUGAGAAUAAUCGUGGAAUGGGAAAUGAAAGCUUUAAUGCUGUAAAAGCAUCAAAUUAUCCAAAUCUAUUCAAACAAAUUGGAAAACCAGUUUUAGUCUUUAAAGAUGACCGAUAUGAACUAGGGAGUGAUGUUGUCAUCAUAGAUUCUGAAAAAACUAGUCCUGGAUUUACCCAUGUAAAAUCAGAAAAAAUACAGCUACCGCCAUUCUACACAGAAAUAAAUGGAAAAUACUUUUUAUUAAAUACAUCCUUUUAUACUGGACUGAAUGCAAAUGGAACAUUGAAAAACAUAAGAAAAUUACGCAACAAAGACCCGUAUCUCAUUUUUCAGAAAGAGGCGUGCAUGAUUUUUUAUUGUGGCAAAUGUCCUAAAUGGCCAAAAGAAGCAAGUGAGUGGAUUUUGAGGAAAAGGCCGAGUGGUUGGCCAAGUACCUCUUUGCUAGAGGAGACCCUGAAAGUUCCAUGUCUUCUGACGCCAAAAUACCAUCCAUUGAGCAGAAACCCUGAUAUUGAAUGGAUGUUUGACUUCUCAUUCCCUGAAACAUUUCUUCUGAAAGAUAACAUAUCAAAGGAACAGAGAUACUGCUUUCAUGUGUUCAAACUUUUAAUAGAUUUUCAUACAGGUCGAAGAAAGGAGUUGUCUACCUUUGUUCUCAAAACCAUCUUCCUGUACACAUUAGAAGUAAUACCUUGCCAGCAAUGGGAGACUUGUCCGUCUGCAUGCAUGCUUUACAUGACAGAAACCCUACUGUCAAGUUUGAAGGAAAGGAAAAUACCCCACUACUUUAUUCCAGAAAACAACAUUAUUUCUCAUUUAAGUGGUACUAUUCUUUAUCAGUUGAUCGAAAAAGUAAACGUUGUCCGUGAAUUUCCCAUCAUGUCUGUUAUUCUGAUGGCAGAGAGUCAUGGUCUAAUGACAACAUAUGUUACUGACCAAAUUAUUGAAGAUUUAAAUCAUCUCUUAGAUGUAAGCAAUAUUACUGAUUCAGUUCUUAAUACAUUCAUACCUGCAUAUGCUCAAAUAACUGUUACCUCUCUUGCUCAUCAAAAAUUCCGCCAAGCAGUUAAUGCAGUGACCACUGGAUAUAGAAUGUUGCAAGACCUUCCACGAUGCAGUGAUGACGUUUUCAAUCCCUAUGAAAAUAUGUCAUUAGAAAUGUUCAUUCAGGAAACCACUGCUGGGAUGAAAAAUUUUCAGGUUUGGUGGCUAUGUUUCUUUGUCGAUCUCUUCAAGAAGGAAAAUACUUUGAAAUUAUUUACACGCACCAAUCCUUUCAAGAAAAUUGUCGAUCUCAUGGAUGAUUGUCCUCCAGGUGACCUUGAUGAUGUUUCUGUUCCUAAUAUGAUGUUACAGUUUCACAGACAGGAAUUUGAAUGCAAGCAAAUUAAAGGUUCUGGAUUUAUUUUAACAAUGUGCAAAUAUUUAAUGCAGGAGGGAGAAUAUGGUCUGGCUGGACAUUAUUUAAGGGGAAUAAUCAAAAUGAUGUCGAAAGUUUUGAAUGACCAGGAUGCCAUAAUGGCGGAAGUUUUACAGAAUCCAACUUAUGGAAAAAAGCCAAAGGAGAAAAAUAUCGAUUAUCUUAUGCAAGCUUUUAUGACAAGGAUGUCAUCAACUUUAUUCCUUAUUUUCACAGAUCUGUACCAUUGUUAUGAGCAUCAAGGACAGACCGGAUAUUUUCAAGAGUACGUUGAACAAUUCGAAUCUGUUUGUAAGAACAUGGCCACGCCCUCUGCUUUAUCUUUUCUUGCUGAAAUCAGCAGAUCAUUAGGGACUAGCAAGAAGAUUAAGGAUGUUUUAAGACAUUAAAACUGUAAAAAAAACUUAAAAACAGCAAGAGUUAUUUACAUGUAUGUACAAAAAAGUGAGGAAAAAUCUGCAAUAAGAAAUUUUAAUUUAUGGGAAGAAAAACCAUAAAGUAAGGUAGCUGUUGUGUCUUCCUCAAUUUUGAUUUUGAAAAAAGCAGAUAACAAUCAGUCUAUAUCAUUAAGGAAAUACACAAAUUUGAUUUAAUUCAUGUGUAAGACUUUUGGUGUUAAAAUUGAAACUGUGGUUUAUUAUAUGUAUGGCUGUUUUACAAAUUAACUCAGAUUUAAGGGUAAAUAACUCGAUAACUUUAACAAUAGAAUGCAUUUUGAAUUAAUUACAUAUUCAUAUUGCAACUUACUUAUCAUGUAGCAAGAAAACAGAUCCUGUGACCUAUUUUUUGGCUCAACUGGCAGAAACAGCCAAGUGAGCUUUUCUCAUCACUUGACGUCCAUUGUCGUAGUCUGUCGUUGUUAACUUUUACAAAAAUCUUCUCCUCUGAAUCUACUGAGCCAAACUUAACCAGACUUGGCCACAAUCAUCAUUGGGGUAUCUGGUUUAAUAAACAUGUCUGGUGACCCAGUCAAACUACCAAGAUGGUACCGUGGUCAUGGCUAAAAAUAGAAAAUGUAGAUUUUGGCUUAUAUCUCUGAAACCAAAGCAUUUAGAGUAAAUCUGACAUGGGUUUAAAUUGUAAAUGAGGUCAAUAUCUAUCCGUUUAGAAAUAUUUGGAUGAAUCGGACAACCUGUUGUUAGGUUGCUGCCCCUGAAAAUGUUAUUU